AUGGUUCAAAAUAUAUCUUCAGAAAAACGUGCAUUGGUCCAGUUAACAAAAGAGUUUGUACAUUUAAGUUAUAGAGAACUUGGUAGAAAGUACGGUGUUUCAAAAUCUACUGCUUACAACAUUUGCAAUAGGAAAAUGAAAACGAAAUCUAGAGAAAGAAAACGUGGUCGACCAAAAGUUGUAACUGAAAGAACCGAGAGAAUUAUUCUGCGGACUUUUCUUCAACUGAGACGUAAAUCGCCCAGCUUUUCAAUAAAAGACCUUAUGUCAGAAAGUGGACUGGAAAUAGCAAACUACAGUAGACGAACUGUGUCAAGAUUGCUCAACAAACGUGGAUAUAAGUUACGACAGGCACGCAAGAAAGGUUUUCUCAAUGAAAACGAUUUGGCCAUAAGAAAACUUUUCUCCUUACAAAACUUAGCAACGUCGGGGCUUCUCCAAGUGUUGUAAAAUGGUUUGAGAGUUACUUGACCGGAAGAACUCAAUCAGUCAGAAUUGGAUCAACUGUGUCUACUCCUCUCCCUGUUUCUUAUGGUGUACCACAGGGUGCAAUUUUAUCACCUUUACUUUUUAGUAUUUAUACUAACGAUUUACCCUCAUCAGUCCACCAUAGUAAACUUGAAUCGUACGUGGACGACUCCAAGAUAUUACUAUCUUUCACUGUGGCUAACGUGGACUGUUUAAAGCAACAACUUGAGGAAGACUUGUAUUUGAUUGCAAACAGUUGUUCCGAAAAUGAAUUGCUUAUUAACCCGGGAAAGACCAAAUACAUGCUGAUUGGCACACGGCAAAACCUACAACAACUUCCCGUAGAUAUGACCAUAAACUUCCUCAACGAGACUAUUACCCCCGUCUCCUUUGCCAAAGAUCUAGGAAUGACAAUCGACUCUUAUUUGACAUAUGACCAGCACAUCACCAACCUGGUUUCCUCAUGUAUGAAUUCCCUGUGCCAAAUAAACCGAGUCAAAAAAUGUUUCGAUAAAGAAGCUUUAACUCUCAUCGUCUCGGCACUUGUAAUGAACAAAAUGUUCUAUUGUUUCAACGGUUUGGUCAAACACUUCGUCUACCAACAUUAAGAAACUACAGUUGGUACAAAAUUUUGCAUGCAGGAUAAUAACAAAUAUUGGAAAGUUCGACCAUAUUUCGCCGGAGAUCGGAAGAGAACUUAACUGGCUCCCAGUAAAGGAACAAUUACUACUAAGAGAGGCUAUUAUGAUGUACAAAUGUGUCAAUGAACUUGCUCCACAUUAUUUGAGCGAUUUAUUCACAAAACGUUCUGACAUUCAUCAACGAGAUACACGUAGCCAUGACUCACUGCAAAUACCAUUAUACAAAACUUCUGCAGGUCAAAGGUCCUUUCAUUAUAGAGGCGUUACACUCUGGAAUGAUUUGGACAUAAAGUACAAAAAGUUAGACUCCCUAAAAACUUUCAAAAACGAACUGAAGCGAAGCAUGCUAGAACAAAUAUAUAAGUAGAUAAUUUUACCUUGUUAAACUUUAUACAAAUGUCUUACAUUUUUACCUUAAUUUAAAUUCUAGAUUCUAAAACUUGUAAAUAGAACAACAUUUAUUUUUUGUAAAUCAGUGUUGAAAAUCCCUAUUUAGGGAACACAAUAAAGUAUGUAUGUAUGUAUGUAUGCACAGGCAAUGAAAAAACAUUACGUGAUGAACCCAAUUUUUUUACAAAUCAUAUUGCGUUCUACCUCGACGGGGUGUCUUUUAUUCACAAGUGUGAUCCCUUGAAGGCAGCUAUGCAACCGAAAGCAAGAGUUUGGAGAACUAAAGACGAGGGAUUGACAUUGACAGCAAAGGGUAGCAAAAGCUUGCCUGGCGGGAAACGUCUUCAUUUGGUCGUUGCUAUAGCGCAUGGCAAAGGAGUUAUCCUGAAAGAACCGUAUGACAAAAUGGACGGAACAUUUUUCUAUAACUUUAUAAAGAAUCAUUUUAAUUUGUGCUUUGGAAAAGCCGGUCCUAAAGCUGAUAGAAAGCGUCUAUUCGUAAUGGACAAUGAUCCAUCCCAGACAAGCAAAAAGGCAAUGUCUGCCUUAAAAGAAAUUGAAUGUGAACUUCAUCAAAUCCCAGCACGCUCACCCGAUGUAAACCCUAUCGAAAAUGUGUUUCAUAUUGUUAAAACUAGUCUGGAAAAAGAAGCUAUUGACUUACAAAUAAGGAAAGAAAGUUUCGAUGAGUUUAAGAAUAGAGUUUUGCGUUGCUUUGACAAUGUAGAUAUGAGCAUUUUAGAUCGCACAAUUGAGAGUAUGCCUAAACGCAUCGAGGCUAUAUUAGCAUCGAAGGGUAAGCGAAUUAAGUAUUAAUUAUGUAAAUAUGUCUAAGAUUUCCAUGAUAUAUACGAGGUUAAUUUGAAAUACUCAUGGGUACCACUAACGUUAAUGCAAAUAGAAAUAUAUAAGUAGAAACCAUAUAAUUAUGUAUCUAUAUUUCCAUGUAUUUCAAACUAUAAUCAAACUUUAUUUGUAAACUAAAAACAUUUAUAAUAUCAACGAAAUAACAUGAAAAACUUUAAAUAUGGAUUGUGUGUAUAUUUCAUUUUUAACGUGUAUUAAAAGUUAUUUUCCCACCAGCAACUGAGAUUCUAAUUAUAUCUAAAACGAAACAAACAGCAUGUGCUAUAUAUAGAUACACGUAUAUAGUACUGUAGUACAGUUUGUUGUGUGACGGUCUACGUGCGACGGUCUACAAAAAUUAUAGCCUUUCAAAAUAACAAAUUAUUAAAACAUAUAACGAUGUUUUUAACGUUAGAAUUUAGCUUAAAUUCAAAUAGUUUGUUAUAAGGUAGCAACAACUUGAUAUAUACAAAAAUGAAAAUUUUACGACGGUCUACACACAAAUAGAUUAGCCUUAAUAACAAUUUAGCAAGAUCUCAUUAAUAUUCAAGAAUAGCACAUUUUAUGUGUAGACCGUGGUGAUUUGAGAUAUACGCCCUUUCCCAAACUGUGUAUUACAUUAACCGUAAGACUUUAAUCAGGUUAACACAUUGAAGAACAAAUUAGUUUAAAUACUUUUUUCUCCAGUGUGAAAAAAACAUUGAAAAGCACUUCAACUGACUGUAGACCGUGUCUGUAGACCGUGGUAUACAUUUAUAGCAUAUGGCUUCAUAACAUAAUGAAAUAUGAUACCAGUCUACGUGUUUAACUGAGGCUUGAUUCAGUUGCUGAUAAAAGGUCCGUAAAACAGCGAACACAAGGUGGUAUAUUCCGUUGCUGAUCUUGUGGAAUUUGGAAAUUGAAUGAUACAAUAUUCCAGCGUACGGCCAUCAUUUCUGAUUCCAGAUCAUCCACAGUGCCAUUUUUGAUAAAGAUUAAUGGCCUCUUGCUGGUGGAAAAUAUCGGCGUAUCUUUGACCAGCUCGAUGUCUCGGACGAAAUGCGUUUUAGGCGCUGGCAAAUGAACCAACUCCCCUUCUAACAUUAACAACAGAUCGUGCCAUGGUAUCAACGUGGGGCUCCACCGAAAAUCAUUUAAAAAAAUGCACUCCGCUUCUUCUACGCCAACCCAUGCAAACGAUCCCGAAGCGGGAUUUAAAAUGUUUUAUAAAGUUCAGUCAAUGGCUUUAAAAUAAACGUUUUACCACAGUUGGCUGGACCAACGAUCAUGAGAUUGCGAUGCUUCCCACGUCCUUUUUUAAUAGGUCAACAACCGCUUGCCCAAAUUUCCUCUUAUCGAUUCCAUUGUUCUCGAGAAUCUGUUUUGCGCACUGAAGCCAGACACCGUUACAUCCUGCUCGGCAAUCUUGCUUUGACGCCUCGUUAAACAAUUCCAUUCGACUUUUCUUACAUCGUUCUAAUACUUCCUUGGCAGUUUUCAUGCGCCAAGUAGUGUCUAGCAAGUCCUGAAUUGCUUUGGGUGGUUUGCACAAGAUGAACUGAACUAAGUCUGUCUUUCCCUCCUCUCUUUGUUCGUGAGCAUAUGCGUGUAGCUCUGUCAUUGUUUUAAUAUUUCUUUUAAGAAUGACUUCAGAGACGUCAAAUGCGCUCAAACGCUUUUCCUUUUCUUUUUUAGAUCGCUUUUUUCCUUUGCAUACAUUUCCUCUCCCCUGCACUGCGGCACUGCGUUUUUGACCAGUUUGUAUUUUGGCCAUGCUCGCGUUGGUGGUCUUCGGUUCUUUAUAGCUAUUAAGAUCUGGGUGUGAUUCACUUUCUUCAUAGCUACUGUCCUCCUUUGUGACGUAUCGCCAAGCACUGUAGUAGUUAUGAUGAUUACUCGAAUAAUUUACCUCUAUGGCAAAAUUUUCCUCGAGAAACCUCUUGGAUUGCAGCCAUCUUUGUGACUUAUGCAAUUUCAACACCAUGUGAUAAUGUUUAGCGCCAUCCGCGUGGUUUUCUCUGCUACAACACCAGUGCUUCACUUUAGCAGAACCUUUCUCAAACGAAGUAACGAGUGCUUCAGCAAAAUCUCUUCGAUUCGGAAAUUUGCUCAAAUCAGCUCGACUAUAAGUUACUAAGUAUACGCUUCUUACUGCUGAACUACGGAGACUGCUUCAUGUAUCUACCGCAGCCAUAUUGCAAUAUUAAUAGUAUAUUGUUACAAAUACUAAAAUGAAGUCAUAACUGGAUAUAGAGCUAUUUAUAAAUAUAAUCACGCGCAUUCACGUGAUUGUGCUUCUGUACGUUAUACCUCCUGAAAUCCUGUAACACAGGUAAAUUAAUAUUUAUAUCCUCGGUUAUACCUACUGUACAAUAAAAUAAAUCAAAUUGUACAUAAAACUUAUUAAUUGAUCACAAAUAUCCUAAAUAAUAUCAUCAUAACAAAAGUUCUCGUAUUUUCACCCGUUUUUACGUAAAAAUUAGCAAUUUUUAAGAACACAUAAUUUUCAGACAAUCCUGGCCAAAAUCAUGUGGACAGGUAGGCUCAUAUGCGUUUAGGAUGGAUUUAAUGCUAUAACUUACGCCCCCACUCCCCCAAAACAAUGUUGAAAUCGUUUUCGCUUCGGCAACUCUGUAUAUAUCAUAUUGGACUGCAACAUUGAGAUGGGGGUGUGGGGGUUUGACAGAUAUUAUGCAAUAUAUCUAAAUGUAUUAUAUAAUUUGCUACAAUUUUGUACUGUCCACAAAGUUUUUGGCCAGGAUUGUCUGAAAACGAGUCAUAGAAAUUAAACCUUUUUAUUACAUUAAAAGGUUUACAUUUGCUCAGUUAGGUGGACAUGCUAUGCUACUAGAGCCUUUUUGAAGUAAUUCAUCAACAUUGGAUCAAUUUAUGACGUCACUGGUAAUAAUAAUUUGAUUAUUAAUCGUAACAAACAGUCAUUAAAGGCUGCAUGCAUAAGCGUGCGCAAAUAUGGUUCAAAAUAUAUCUUCAGAAAAACGUGCAUUGGUCCAGUUAACAAAAGAGUUUGUACAUUUAAGUUAUAGAGAACUUGGUAGAAAGUACGGUGUUUCAAAAUCUACUGCUUACAACAUUUGCAAUAGGAAAAUGAAAACGAAAUCUAGAGAAAGAAAACGUGGUCGACCAAAAGUUGUAACUGAAAGAACCGAGAGAAUUAUUCUGCGGACUUUUCUUCAACUGAGACGUAAAUCGCCCAGCUUUUCAAUAAAAGACCUUAUGUCAGAAAGUGGACUGGAAAUAGCAAACUACAGUAGACGAACUGUGUCAAGAUUGCUCAACAAACGUGGAUAUAAGUUACGACAGGCACGCAAGAAAGGUUUUCUCAAUGAAAACGAUUUGGCCAUAAGAAAACUUUUCUCCUUACAAAACUUAGCAACGUCGGGGCUUCUCCAAGUGUUGUAAAAUGGUUUGAGAGUUACUUGACCGGAAGAACUCAAUCAGUCAGAAUUGGAUCAACUGUGUCUACUCCUCUCCCUGUUUCUUAUGGUGUACCACAGGGUGCAAUUUUAUCACCUUUACUUUUUAGUAUUUAUACUAACGAUCUGCCCUCAUCAGUCCACCAUAGUAAACUUGAAUCGUACGUGGACGACUCCAAGAUAUUACUAUCUUUCACUGUGGCUAACGUGGACUGUUUAAAGCAACAACUUGAGGAAGACUUGUAUUUGAUUGCAAACAGUUGUUCCGAAAAUGAAUUGCUUAUUAACCCGGGAAAGACCAAAUACAUGCUGAUUGGCACACGGCAAAACCUACAACAACUUCCCGUAGAUAUGACCAUAAACUUCCUCAACGAGACUAUUACCCCCGUCUCCUUUGCCAAAGAUCUAGGAAUGACAAUCGACUCUUAUUUGACAUAUGACCAGCACAUCACCAACCUGGUUUCCUCAUGUAUGAAUUCCCUGUGCCAAAUAAACCGAGUCAAAAAAUGUUUCGAUAAAGAAGCUUUAACUCUCAUCGUCUCGGCACUUGUAAUGAACAAAAUGUUCUAUUGUUCAACGGUUUGGUCAAACACUUCGUCUACCAACAUUAAGAAACUACAGUUGGUACAAAAUUUUGCAUGCAGGAUAAUAACAAAUAUUGGAAAGUUCGACCAUAUUUCGCCGGGCUUACGCGAACUUAACUGGCUCCCAGUAAAGGAACAAUUACUACUAAGAGAGGCUAUUAUGAUGUACAAAUGUGUCAAUGAACUUGCUCCACAUUAUUUGAGCGAUUUAUUCACAAAACGUUCUGACAUUCAUCAACGAGAUACACGUAGCCAUGACUCACUGCAAAUACCAUUAUACAAAACUUCUGCAGGUCAAAGGUCCUUUCAUUAUAGAGGCGUUACACUCUGGAAUGAUUUGGACAUAAAGUACAAAAAGUUAGACUCUCUAAAAACUUUCAAAAACGAACUGAAGCGAAGCAUGCUAGAACAAAUAUAUAAGUAG